AUGGGACAGCGGGCGAGCACACAGCGGAUUUUUGGCUACUUUGACCAACCCGACACAACCACUUCCCCUCAGGGCACUUUACAGGACCGCGUAUUAGCCCUGCCUGAUUACUAUGGUCUCCUGUCAACAACCAAUCUCGCUCACGAUCUCGCCUACAUUGACGCCACCUACUAUUGUGAUGCUAAUAGCACCAACAAAGCUUCAGCAAAGGAACAAAAAAAGGCGGGCCGUCGCCAUGAUACCCGAAAAUCUGACACCGAUAAGCUGACCUUUGGCGAUAUCGAACACCUUGUUCAAGAGCGCAAACUACGACUUCAUUCUCGAGCAUUAGUUGGCCUUGAUAAUGAUAUCCUAUACCUGAGAACCGUUACCAAACUUGAUCUAUCCAGAAACCAAUUGACACAUCUACCUGAUGCAUUUGGAUCGCUCACACAAUUGACACACAUCAUCCUCUCGCAUAAUCGUAUCAACCAUCUCCCUCAUUCCAUACAUGGCCUUGUGGAGUUAACAGAGUUGGACGUUUCUCAUAAUCCCAUCUCCGCCUUGACACCUUACAUUGGCCAUUUGAAGAAAUUACGAGUGCUCGACCUUAGCAGUAAUCGUCAUCUUGUUGAGCUUCCUAUCGAAAUCGGUGGUCUUGUUUCAUUAUCGACAUUGUAUUUGCACAAGUGUCCACUGAUUCAGCAUGUGCCUGCAGAGUUAUUACGUCUCCCCAAUUUACGCCGAAUACGAAUCGAUCCUCCAACUCAGUUGAUGCAUGAUUCACGGCACAAUCCACCCAGCCUCCUCGAACUUUGUGCACGUCAAGCAUACGCCUCCACUCGAACGAAAAAUGAUUCAGAUCUUCAAUGGAUCAUUGACAAUCGAUUAAACGAGAGACCCAAACCAUGUUCAGCAUGCGGUCAACCUUACUUUACAACCUACGUAUCACGUUUACGAUUGGAAGAACGUCCCGAUGGAACAAUGGUUUUGUAUCAAUAUCGGCUAUGCUCGGAUCAUUGGGCACCGAAUGACGACCAAGACAGGAGGCUAUAUAUGUUUAGCGCCUCGUUACCAAGAGAACACAACGUACUGCAAUUCCUACCUCUUCCUAGCAGCGCACAUCCAAAUAGUAGCAGCAAUAACACUUCCACCGGCAACAACAACACCAUAUCAUCCAAAGCCAAUAGCGCUUCAUCGAGUACCACCAUCCCAACACAAAUCAUGCAACAAAAUGACAAUUCAGUCGUGGAUGCAAACAAGGCUGUAUGGAAGCAAUGGCUUAGAUCAGCUCGGAGCCAACCUGUAGUAUAA